UCCUCCCUUUGGAUCACGCAGUCUUUUACAGUAGAUACAACUGGAGUCUUGCUUUCCUGGCUGUUGUUUCAAAAAUACUUUUUAUCUGUUAAUUUCAACCUUUACAGAAGUUUUUCUAUUAAUUAUCUUGUGGAGUUCAAGUGGAUUUAAUCUGGGUUUCUUUACACUAACCAGACAGAUGAAUGGAAAUGAAAGUUCUUGAAGUAUUCUAAAGACAGUAAAUGAAGAUGGACCUGGUGAUCAUUACUUUUCUUCUUCUGUUCAUUUGUCUUCAUCCAUCCUCAGCAGCAAGUCUGAUCACAGCAGACAUAUUUGAAGCGAGGGGCCAGCGAGUGUGCAAGGCAGGAAAUGGGAAACCGUGUUACAAGCUGGCCUAUUUCUCUGAGCUGCGCUGGAAGCUGAACUUUCAAGAAGCAGAGAGCGCUUGCAAGCGAGAUGGAGGCCAGCUGCUGAGCAUCGAGUCUGCGUCUGAGCAGAAGGUCAUAGAGCAGCUCAUCAGCGAUCUCCGACCCAUGGAUGGAGACUUCUGGAUAGGGCUUCGGCGUGGACAGGGGCACCAGGACAGCAGCUCGGAGUGCUCGUCUCAGUACUACUGGCUAGACGGAAGCAAAUCCACAUUUAGGAACUGGCACAUUGAUGAGCCGUCCUGCGGCUACGAAGUGUGUGUGGUGAUGUACCACCAACCAUCGGCUCCUGCCGGUCACGGUGGGCUCUACAUGUUCCAAUGGAAUGAUGACAACUGUGAAACCAAAAAUAAUUUUAUCUGCAAAUACACAGCAGAAAAGCCAAUUGAAUCCACAGUUUCCCCCAACUCGAGUCAGAAAGAUGCCUUCCUUCCAUCCGCUCUGCCAUGGGAUCCAAGGGACAACAACCAAGAUAGAAGGACAGCUGUGAAUUUAGUCUACGUCAUCAUUCCCACCAUCCCACUCAUUGUGCUGCUGCUAACAGUGAUGGGAGUUUGCUGCUUCAAAGUGCUGCUCAGACGAAGGAAAAACAAGCAGAAGUCAGAAGUUUGCCAAACAGAUCCCAGUCCAACUUCUACAGAUGUCUACAACGUUAUCCGCUCCCAGAAGGAAGACGACCUUGUUUCCGCUCGCCCCCAAACAAAGAACACCUCCUUUUUGUGCUCUUCUCCGGACACGCCAACUGGAGAUUACGACAACCUGGGAGGCCGGGACACAGAGAGUGGCUUCGUGACACUUGCCAGCACAGAGAGCGACUUCCUGAACUUUGACCUGAACGAUCUCAGCCUGGGGCGCCGGGGCACACGGGACUUCUAUGAUAGCAGUUUGGGACGCUCUGCAAAGAGGGACCUUAACGAUGGCAGUCUGGGUCGAACCAGAAACAGAGAGUAUUAUGACAGAAGCCUGGGCCGCCGCACCACUAAGAGCGAGCAUUACAGUGGCAGCCUGUAUGGAGAUCAAGGUCUGUACGACAGCAGCAACAGAGCAGGCAGUGACCUGUAUGAACCCAGGCUGAAAUCAGGAGGUCAGACAGGGAAGGUCGACUUCUAUCAGACUUAUGUUAGUAGCGGCAGACAUGAGACCUUCCAAACCAGUCUCGGAACCUACGCUAACCGAAAGUCCUUCCACACAAAUCUAGACUGCUACAGAAACGGCCUGAAUCUUGACAGCGGAGGGAGAUACUUCAAUGAGCAGAACUGGAUAAACAGAGAGAAAUACUGAGCCCUCACUGUGCUCGCACCACUGUAUGAACCACUACACGGGGAUGAGAGGAUGGAUAAAAACUAUGCAUGUGUGUGUCUACUAUUGAAACAUUGUCAAAAUACACUUUGUUUCUGCAUCAAGACUUGCUUUAUUAAUGGAUGUUGAAUUAACCAUAGUAAUUCAAAUCAAACACAAAUAGUAUUAGCUGCCUACACUCUGUUUCUUAAUGUAUCUUGUCUCAUAAGAAACUUCUGAUGAGCCCUAGUUUUGUAAAGUGGGUUUGUAUAAAGAUGAUGUGUAAUUUAGUUUAAUAUCUUGUCUAUGGCUAUUGUCCUGUGAAAAACUAUUUCCCCCCUUGAAGGUUUCUUCCAUUAUCUAAUUUCUAAAUAAUUCAGUUGUAUUUAUUUAUAUAGCGCCAAUUAACAAAGCAUGUCAUCUAAUUUGCACUUUACAGAGACAAUUCAACCAAAUCAUACAGUCUGACUGGUUUUCUAAGGAAAACCAGCUGAUUGCAUUGACUCUUCAGCAAUCCCUCACACUAAGCAUGCAUGUAACAACAGUGGAGAGGAAAAACUCUGUUAGACAAAGGUAACCUAUUUCAGAAAAAUAAAUCAUUCUCUACAAGGGUGUGUUAUUAAACUAAACCAGCCAGGCCCUAUUUUAGAAAACUCAACACCCACUUGUAAACUCACAAAUUAACUUUGGUUAAACAACAUAGAUUCUAGAUGACAAAGUUUAAAAUCCUCUUGGCCUGAUAACUGCCAGACAUGUAGAAACAAGAAAUGAUUGAACCAGAACUUGUUUAAAACAAAAAAAGUUGACAGAAAGAUAAUUUAAUAAUCUAGACAGGGUUUAUUAGCAGGGAAUACCAGCAAAAAACUAUUAACUGGAGAAAGUAUGAUGCAGUGGUAAAACUUUGCAGGAAAGACCCAAAUCUUCCUAGAAUGACUCCAAGAUUGCAUCAGCAAUUCCUUCAGGGGGGUCACAAAAGAAACCAGAACAUUUAGAGUUGUAAUCAAAACAAAACACACAGGAUAGUCUUAUGUUUGCCAACGCAGCUUCAUGGUCCCCAUGACCUUUUGGAUAUUUAGUACUUAAAACUUAAUUUUACAAACAAUAUAUAUCUGCCCAUGCAUACAAGCAUUUAAUAAUAUUGAAAAAAUAUAUGUAUGAAGCAAAAGGGGGAAAAAAAGGUUACCUGAAUUAGUUUUGAUUUUCCAAAGUGUUUUCCAACUUAUGAUGCACUACUGUACGUUUGAUUUAAUUUAUUUACAAAAAAAAAUAGAAAAUACUUUUAAAGGCAGCUGAUGCUAUUAAAAAGUGGAUUUGAUCAAGUACAGCAAUUUAAAAAUAUGAGACGUUUGAGUAACAGCUUGCUUGCCUGAAUCUGUCAUGCAGCCCUUAAUCUAUCACAUAAACAUUGAU